AAUGGAACCAUACACUGCGCCCUCAACAAGAAUUGAGCUCAAAAAGCUUUCUCAAAAGUUUCGAGACUGCAUCCAGAUGCUGAACGUUAAAAUGGAAGAGCUCUCCAAGUCAGCAUCCCGUGAUUGCGGCGAUGACAUCAUUUCCUCUUCAACGGCGGGAAACAGCCCCGGCCUUCAGGACGCCCUCAUUCAGUUGCAACGACUUUGCGAGAUCUCAGAAGAAUUGGCUGUUCACUAUGAGGCGCAAACCGUCACGCAGACACAUAAAAGCUGCACCAUUGCUGCAUCGCACCAUCCUUGGACAGAUAGCCCUACAAAAGAAGAGCAUGAGAGCGCACCUCAAUCCUUUCGUGUAGAAUGGCAGCCUGCCGUCCCAAACCAUGAGCAAUUCUCUCCACACUCAUCGAUCACUGUUACUGGUCAACACGCCCCACCCGUACCAGUAAAUCAAUUUCCAUUCUGUGGGAUUCCAUUUGCUCUUCCUGAUACACUUGAAGCGUCCCGUGAAUUCGGUUCAGAUGGUGCGCUAGCCAUUAGGCCCAUCACAGAGACGCCCGUUCCACGACCCCCAAACUCUGGCCUUGAGCCACUCCAUCAGUAUGCGCAUUGCAGACUCUUGAUAGCGGAGGACAACGCAGUCAACCAGAGACUAAUUAGUAAGAUUUUCCAAAAGCUGGGCUUGCCUAACUCCACUCUUGUAAUAAAUGGCCUCCUUGCGGUGGAGAAGGUUCAGGAGAGCAUGGAGAUUAUGCUCCCCUUUGAUCUCAUCUUCAUGGACGAAUCAAUGCCAGUCAUGAGUGGCCGGGAAGCUACACGCCAAAUUCGCGCGAUAGGGUAUCGUGGAAUCGUCUGCGGUAUGACUGCUAGUGCAUUCACGUCGGAUGUGCAGGGGGCUUUGGAUGCAGGCAUGGAUACUGUGCUCAAAAAACCUAUUCGGACUCACGAUAUCCGCAAUGUGCUAGUACAAUCCCUUCCGCAUCUUCCACAAGAACCGGAAUCUGUCAGUCCGUCGCCAUUACCAAGGCAGAAACCAGUUGUUAAGUCUAGGCUAUAGGCUUGUCAUACUCUUUUUACAUGCGAUUGUUAUCUUUAGUUAGCUUCCUAUCUAUAGUUAUAGAGUUAGUAGAGAUACUACUAUCCACAGAUUGUAUAAAUU